UUCCCCUUAUCCUCCUCUCUAUAUCAUCCCUUCCCAAAUUCACUCUGUGUGGCCUCUAUCUCUCACAAUCUUCACCCCAACAGUAUCCAACCAUGGCUAUAUGCAUGGGUUUCAACAUAGCAACCGCAUUCAAAUCCCUUUCCAUUUCAUCCUCCUCCUCCUCCUCAUUAUCAUCAUCUUCCUUUCUAUCCGGUUCCUCCACUCUCCGUUUCACUCCAUCACCAUCUCUCCCGCGGAUUCAUAGGUCAGCACUCAUCAUCCGGAACGCUCACAAGAAGGGAGCCGGAAGUACCAAAAACGGCCGUGACUCCGCCGGAAGGCGUCUCGGAGUUAAGGUUUACGGUGACCAGGUCGCUAAACCUGGUUCUAUCAUCGUUCGCCAACGCGGAACCAAGUUUCAUGCAGGAAAGAAUGUGGGAAUUGGUAAGGACCAUACAAUUUUCUCCCUGAUUGAUGGAGUUGUUAAAUUUGAGAAAUAUGGACCUGACAAGAAAAAGAUCAGUGUUUACCCACGAGAAGUUACGCCUCCAAACCCCGAUAGCUAUAGAGCAAGGAAGAUAGAGUACUUCAGGAUGAGGCGUGAGCGCAAAAAAGCUGCAAAAGAAAGAAGAGCAUUUCGACCGCAGCUGAUUCUCGCUUCUGCUGAUGAUGCUGCUGAUGAUGCCGCAUCAACUAAUGUAGAUUGUUGAUUCUAUACUUCAUUCACUUCUAUGUAAAAUUUAGCAGUCUUCUGUUGUUUUUCUUCUGUGUAUCUGUUAAAACCUUAGCAUUGUACUAUUGAAUUUGGUUGAGCACUGAGUAACCACUAUCUGUUGGUUCUGCAGUGAUGGAAAUUGAUUUUAAAUGAAUUAAUUAUGUAAAAUUGAUUAUGGUUAAAAAUGAUUUAUAUUUGAAUA